AUGAAGCGCGACGGCCAGGCUGGAGCAAUUUGGGUUGCACUCUACUAUAGCCGGAUGAAGCUUGAAGGUAAAACCCAACUGGAAUUAAGGCUGGAUUUGGCGGCCAGUCUGGGGCUUGAGAGAUGUGACCUGAUCUGCUGGAGUUUUGCGGCCAGAUUUGCUGAGGCUUUGCGGCUGGAUGGAGCUGGAAACCGAGAUGCGGCCGGAAUGGUUGCGCCUUGGGGUUUUUCGCAGCUGGAGCUGUGA